CCAGACUAAGGGUGAGAGGCGAGAGCUCACUCUCUCACACACACACACCCACACACACGCACAGAAAUAAGACAGAAAACUACAAGUCAGAAAUCAGGACCAGAGCAACCUGAGGUCUUUCUGGUGUCCGUUAGAAGACGUCAGUGACACAGAGAAAGCAACAUGGAGAACGGGCGAAGCCAGCUCCAGCAGGCUCAGCAGGAUGUGGAUGAGGUUUGUGAUAUCAUGUUGGAGAAUCUGAGCAAGGCCAGCGAGCGUGAGGGGAAACUGGUAGACCUGGAGAACAGAGCUGACCAAUUACUGGAACAGAGCAAGGUUUUUUCCAAAACUGCAAACCAGGUGAAGCAAAAGAAGCAGUGGGAGAACAUGAGGAUGAAGGUGAUCCUGGCAGUCAUCGCUGGAGUCGUGGUGCUAGUGGUCGUCACUGCUGUCACAGCCGUCAUCCUGAGCUCAGGCGAGAAGGACCCAUCGGUGGGCGGCUCCAAUUGACCUGGAGACAAAUGUCUUCCUUUCGGCGGGUUGCUCAGGAAACCACAGAGUCGGGUCAUUUGUUAAACGGAGGUGGCGGGACUUGUACUAAAGCACCAUAUUUGUCCUGUGCUAAAACCUCAGAGGAUCUAAAGGUACUCGGACUUGCUGUCUUUGCUUCCAUUUCUACAUAAAGUAUCGUCCAUAAGUGGCUUCUGUGACAUAUUGAAUGUAAAUAGUUAUCCAAACAGACGUGUAUUGGAAGAUCAGGACAUUGAUCUGAAGGUGAAAGUGAAGAACUUUUCUGUCGAUGCUGGUCAUACGGUUACUCUUCAAACUGAGGAAUAGAGGUUGUAGAUAAAUUUGGACUGGGCAUGUCGAUGUGUCGGAGCAGUAACCUCACACAGUCUGUAGAGUCAACACGCUUUAAAAAAAAAGGUUCCAUGUAGCACACUAAAUUUUGCUCAAGUGUAAAAACACAAACUUUUUAGUCCUCACUGAUUAUGAUGUUGAAAACAGCCAUUUAUUUUCACCAAGUAUUCUGCUAAAAUGCUACCAGGAUCUUGUACAAUCUGACUAAAACUGAAUUUUAAAGGCUCUAAGGAGCCUUUUAUUCUAAUAAUGAAAGAGAACUGACAGGGAACCUUUUUUUUCUUAGAGUGCAAGCUCAUUAUAAUUAUAGCAUUAAAUAUUCUUUUUGUCUGUAGAAGUUAAUUAACCUCCAGAAAAGGCAUUGUUGUUAUUCAGCAUUGCAAACAUUACAGUAUCUGAUGUUUCUGAUUGUUCUAUAUGUGCGUCUGAAAUUCGUGCUGCUAAUAUAAAGCAUCCUUUUUUU